GACCAUGUCCACUGUGGUAGCUCAGUCGCUGCAUGUUUUUGGUCUUCGACCCCACGUGUCCAACAAUGUCUUCUUCUUCGAUGAACAGAUCAUUAUAUUUCCUUCAGGAAAUCACUGUGUGAAGUACAAUGUGGAUCAGAAAUGGCAAAAAUUCAUUCCAGGCUCAGACAAGAGUCAGGGCAUGUUGGCCUUGGCCAUCAGUCCCAAUCGGCGCUACCUCGCUAUCUCAGAGACCGUGCAAGAUAAACCUGUCAUCACCAUUUAUGAACUGUCAGCCAUCCCCUGCCGGAAGCGCAAAAUCCUUAAUAAUUUUGACUUCCCAGUUCAGAAGUUUAUUUGCAUAGCUUUUUCUCCAGACUCUAAAUACCUCUUGACUCAGACCUCACCUCCAGAAUCAAACCUUGUCUAUUGGCUGUGGGAAAAACAGAAAGUCAUGGCCAUUGUUAGAAUCGACACUCAGAACAAUGCUGUCUACCAGGUGAGCUUCAAUCCCCAGGAUAACACUCAGAUUUGUAUCACUGGAAAUGGGAUGUUUAAGCUGCUCCGUUUUGCUGAGGGAACCCUGAAGCAAACUAAUUUUCAGAGGGGAGAACCCCAAAACUAUCUUGCCCACACCUGGGUGUCCGAUGACAAGAUUAUUGCUGGCACUGAUACGGGCAGACUCUUCCUCUUUGAAUCUGGAGAUCAACGCUGGGAGACAAGCAUCGUGGUCAAGGAGCCCACCAGCGAGACGAAGAACCUGGGGAUGAUCCAGGAAUCAGAGAGCCUGAUCGAAUUUCCAGCAGUCUCUUCCCCAGUCCCUUCCUACGAGCAGGUCAUGAUGACCAGCAGCCGCAGCCAGCUCUCGCUGCCCCAGGUGUUUGCCAUCGCAGCCUAUUCAAAGGGAUUUGCCUGUUCUGCUGGGCCAGGGAGAGUUCUGCUGUUUGAGAAGAUGGAAGACAAGGAGUUUUACCGUGAGAGCAGGGAGAUCCGGAUUCCUGUGGAUCCACAGAGCAACGACCCAAGUCAGUCGGACAAACAGGACGUGCUCUGCAUGUGCUUCAGCCCCUCUGAGGAAACGCUGAUCGCCAGCACCAGCAAGAACCAGCUCUACAGCAUCACCAUGUCCCUGACAGAGAUCAGCAAGGGGGAGCCUGCCCACUUUGAGUAUCUGAUGUACCCGUUACACUCGGCAUCCAUCACUGGUCUAGAUACUUGCAUCCGCAAACCCCUCAUUGCCACCUGCUCUGUAGAUCGGUCCGUCCGCAUCUGGAAUUAUGAAUCAAAUUCUUUGGAACUAUUUAAGGAAUACCAAGAAGAAGCUUAUACAAUCAGCCUUCACCCAUCUGGACACUACAUUGUGGUAGGGUUUGCUGACAAACUACGCAUUAUGAAUCUACUUAUUGAUGAUAUACGUUCUUUCAAAGAAUACUCCGUCAGAGGGUGCAAAGAGUGUUCCUUUAGCAAUGGAGGUCACCUGUUUGCUGCAGUCAAUGGGAACGUGAUUCACAUUUUUUCCACCACAAGCCUAGAGAAUAUCUCAAACCUGAAAGGACACACAGGGAAGAUUCGUUCAGUUGCGUGGAAUACAGAUGACAGCAAGUUGAUUUCUUGUGGCACAGAUGGUGCUGUGUACGAAUGGAGUCUGUCCACAGGAAAGAGAGAGACAGAAUGCGUGCUCAAGUCCUGCAGCUACAACUGCGUCACCAUCUCUCCUGACGGCAAAAUCAUCUUUGCUGUUGGGUCAGACCAGACUCUCAAGGAGAUUGCAGAUUCCUCAGUAAUUCGAGAGAUGUCAGCAUUUGACGUCAUCUACACGGCCAUUGUCAUCUCCCACUCCGGGCGCAUGAUGUUUGUGGGCACCUCGGUGGGAACCAUCCGUGCAAUGAAGUACCCGCUCCCUCUGCAGAAAGAAUUCAAUGAGUACCAGGCCCACGCAGGUCCUGUGACCAAGAUGUCGCUCACCUUUGACGACCAGUUCCUGCUGAGCGUUGCCGAGGAUGGCUGCCUGUUCACUUGGAAGGUCUUUGAUAAGGAUGGUCGGGGAAUCAAGCGAGAGAGGGAGGUGGGCUUUGCUGAAGAGGUGCUGGUCACCAAGACAGACAUGGAAGAGAAGGCUCAGGUUAUGUUGGAGCUGAAGACUCGUGUGGAAGAAUUAAAAAUGGAGAAUGAGUAUCAGCUUCGACUAAAGGAUAUGAACUAUUCUGAGAAAAUUAAGGAGCUAACAGACAAGUUCCUCCAGGAAAUGGAGUCCUUGAAAACAAAAAACCAGGUUUUAAAAACCGAGAAAGAAAAGCAGGAUGUACUCCAUCGUGAACGCAUGGACGACCUCCUGGACAAACAGAGCCGGGAACUGCAGGACCUAGAAUGUUGCAACAACCAAAAGUUGCUCCUGGAAUAUGAGAAGUACCAGGAGUUGCAGCUCAAGUCCCAGAGGAUGCAGGAGGAGUACGAGAAGCAGCUUCGGGAUAACGAUGAGACCAAGAGCCAGGCCCUGGAGGAGCUGACUGAGUUUUACGAGGCCAAACUGCAGGAGAAAACCACCCUCCUGGAAGAGGCACAGGAGGAUGUCAGGCAGCAGCUGCGGGAGUUUGAAGAGACCAAGAAGCAGAUUGAAGAAGAUGAAGACCGUGAGAUCCAAGACAUCAAGACCAAAUAUGAGAAGAAGCUUCGGGAUGAAAAGGAAGCAAACCUGAGACUCAAAGGAGAAACAGGCAUCAUGAGGAAGAAGUUCAGCAGCUUGCAGAAGGAGAUUGAAGAGCGAACCAAUGACAUUGAGCUCCUGAAGGGGGAGCAGGUGAAGCUGCAAGGGGUCAUCAAGUCCCUGGAGAAGGACAUCAUGGGCCUCAAGCGGGAGAUCCAGGAAAGAGACGAGACGAUUCAAGAUAAGGAGAAGCGAAUCUAUGAUCUGAAAAAGAAAAAUCAGGAACUAGAGAAAUUCAAGUUUGUGCUCGACUACAAAAUAAAGGAACUGAAGAAGCAAAUUGAACCUCGAGAGAAUGAGAUCAAGGUGAUGAAGGAACAGAUUCAAGAGAUGGAAGCCGAACUGGAGCGUUUCCAUAAGCAGAACACACAACUGGAGCUGAACAUCAUAGAACUGUGGCAGAAAUUAAGAGCCACUGAUCAGGAGAUGCGCAGAGAGAGACAGAAGGAGCGGGACUUGGAGGCGCUGGUCAAACGGUUCAAGACGGACCUCCACAACUGCGUGGCCUACAUCCAGGAGCCGCGGCAGCUGAAGGAGAAGGUCCGCGCUCUUUUUGAGAAGUACGUGCAGCGGGCAGAUAUGGUGGAGAUCGCGGGGCUGAACUCAGACCUGCAGCAGGAGUACGCCCGUCAGCGGGAACACCUGGAGAGGAACCUGGCCACUCUCAAGAAGAAGGUGGUCAAGGAGGGCGAGCUGCACCGCACAGAUUACGUCCGCAUCAUGCAGGAAAAUGUCUCCCUGAUCAAGGAGAUUAAUGAGCUCCGCAGAGAGCUGAAGUUCACCCGCUCCCAAGUCUAUGACCUUGAAGCAGCUCUGAAACUGACAAAGAAAAUUCAACCAGAGGUUUCAGAGACAGUGUCCAGCGAGGACCUGCCCAGUGUCCCUCCCACCAUGAGGUUGAAUGUGCAGGAGGAAACUGGGAGAAUCAUCGAGAUGCAGCGCCUGGAGAUCCAGCGCCUGAGAGACCAGAUCCAAGAGCAAGAGCAGGUCCCCGGCUUCCACCCCCUGGCUGGGGUGCAGCUGCCAUCCCUCAGCGUAGAAGCGGAUUCAAAGGCCCAGACCAAGUGACACCCUCUGAUGAGACAUCUCCAGCCUCUCCGGAAGGUGCACCAUGCUCCAGUCCUGGACUGUCUCUGGGCUGCAACCCAGACCACACAAGCCUCUCCCCCAGGCGCGGGGGAACAUGGGACACAGGCAGAAUAAAGGUGUUGGC